CUUUGCGCGAGAACAACUAGAUAAGAAGCUCAUCGGCGGAGGCCAGGAGACCAUUGCCCGGCUCGGCGACUCCGAGAGGGAACCGGGCAGCGGCGAUGGAGGUGCAGCCGCUCCAUCUCCUCCUCGCCCAGCCCCACCACCCUCGCCUCCCCGGUCUCCUCCCCAACCACCCUACCCACUACCUGCCCACCUCCCGCCUCCGACUCCGCGUCCGCCUUCGCAGGCCGAAGCUGCUCGCCGCGGUGCCUUCGCGGCGUCCGCCCGGCAGCCAGGCCGACGCGCCCGGCUGGGAGUGGGCGCCGAACGCCGCGGCGGCGCUGGUGCUCCAGCUGGCCGUGUGCUCGCUCCUGUUCUUCUUCCCCUCCCGCGCCCGAGCUCACGCGCCCCCGCCCCCCGCAGCCGCCGCCGCGGCCGUUGAGGCGACGCAGGAGGAGGAUGACCAGGAGUGGGAGGCCGCGCUGCAGAAGUGGAAGACCAAGACCUACGCGCUCUCGGUGCCCCUCCGGGUCGUCGCGCUCCGCGGCUCCUUCCCUCCCUCGUGGAUUAAGGAUUUCGUUAAGGCCCAGGGCAAGAGGAUCAAAUUCAGCCCCGAGCUCCGUGCUAAUCUUGAUGGGAUAUUCUCUGAGAUGUCACAAUGUAUGGACAAGGGUCAAGUUAAGCCAAAAUCUGCAAUGGCAGCUGAUAUUGUGUCGAUUGGGGACUCUUGGCUUGGUUAUGCCAUACGCAAGGGAUUGUUAGAACCUGUCAAGAAUGCUGAAGAACAGGAUUGGUUUCGCAGCCUGAGUGACAGAUGGAAGGUUCAUUUGUGCAGGAACCAGAAUGGAGAGGCAGAUCCUAAUGGCUCAGUAUGGGGAGUUCCAUACCGAUGGGGUACCAUGGUCAUCGCGUACAAGAAAAACAAGUUCAAAAGGCAUAAUUUGAAACCAAUACAGGAUUGGGAGGAUUUGUGGAGGCCUGAACUUGCUGGGAAGAUUGCAAUGGUUGAUUCUCCUAGAGAGGUCAUUGGUGCAGUUCUGAAGCAUCUGGGUUCAUCAUACAACACAGUUGACAUGGAAACAGAUGUCAGUGGUGGUAGAGAAGCAGUCUUGAAAAGCUUUACGCAACUACAAAAGCAGGUCCAACUAUUCGACAGUAUGAACUACCUGAAGUCAUUUAGUGUUGGAGAUGUAUGGGUUGCAGUGGGCUGGAGCAGUGAUGUGAUCCCUGCUGCAAAGCGAAUGUCUAAUGUCGCUGUGGUAGUUCCCAAGUCAGGCAGCAGCCUAUGGGCUGAUCUAUGGGUGGUACCAUGCGCGUCUAGAUUUCAGACCGACCAAAUCGGUGGCAGAACCAGAGGCCCAUCUCCACUCAUCCACCAAUGGUUUGACUUCUGCCUGCAGAGCGCUAGGAGCCUACCCUUCCGCCAAGACAUCAUCCCAGGAGCAUCACCUCUGUACCUGGAGAACCCUGUGCCGGAGGUCCCUCAAGACAAGAACAAGAGGAAGCCGAAGCUGGACACGAACAUCGUCAGGGGAGUGCCUCCACCUGAGAUCCUGGAGAAAUGUGAGUUCUUAGAACCACUGUCGGGCAAGGCGUUGGAGGAUUACCAGUGGCUAGUAUCGAGGAUGCAGAGACCACGGCUUGGUCUGUUCGGGAAUGCGUUGCAAAAGAUAUCGAGUGUAUUGGACUUGAAAUCAAGAUUAUAGAGCUCGUGUACUGCACUUGACCAAGCUUUUUGCUCUCUGUGUUGUAGUGUUGCUUGUUGUCAUAAUUCUGUGUUGGGUCA